CCGGCGCCGCGGCCGCCAGAGCUGGGGCUGCCCAUGGGGCGCCGCGUUGCCUGAGCCGGCCGCGGGCCGACGCUGCCUGCCCGCUCCGCUCCGCGCCCCGCUCCGCGCCGCUCCGCGCCCCGCUCCGCGCCCCGCUCCGCGCCCCGGCACGGCCACCGCUCGCCUCGCCAUGGGAGAUGUGGUCUCCGCUCACCUGGACGAGGGCCGCCGCCAGCACAUCGCAGAGAAGACCGGGAAGGUGCUGGAUGAGUUUUGCCGGUGCUUCAAGGAGCAGUACGGAGUAGCGCUCUUCAACAGCGUCCGCUAUGAAAUCGAAGGCAACGGCGGGCCGCAGUCGCAGCUGCUGCACCGCAAGGUUCCUCUGGAGGACCAUGUCAUCUACUCGGGCAACCUCUUCCAGUACAUUGAGGAGAACAAGAAGUGGAGGAACCGCUUCUGUGUGGUCCCGCACAACUACGGCUUGGUGCUGUACGAGAACAAACUGGCCUAUGAACGAGUGCUACAGCCCCGUGUGCUGGUGAACAGCGCUGGCUAUAAGAUCCUCACCUCCCUUGACCAGUACCUGGAGCUGGUUAACAGCAGCCUGCCUGGCACGACACCCAAGUCUGGGAACACACCAAUCCUGAAGUGUCCCACCCAGUUCCCUCUCAUCCUCUGGCACCCCUAUGCCCGGCACUACUACUUCUGCGUGAUGACGGGGAAGGAGCAGGAGAAGUGGCGGGCCGUCUUCCAGGACUGCGUGCGGCACUGCAACAACGGGAUCUCCGAGGACUCCAAAGUGGAGGCCCCAGCCUUUACGGAUGCCGUCCGCAUGUACCGCCAGUCAAAGGAGCAGUAUGGCACCUGGGACAUGCUGUGCGGCAACGAGACCCAGAUCCUGAGUAACCUGGUGAUGGAGGAGCUCGUCCCGGAGCUGAAGAGCGCCAUCGGUCCGAGGCUAAAGGGCAAGGCGCAGGAGCGGCAGAGGACCUGGAUCCAGAUCUCGGAUGCUGUCUACAGAAUGGUCUAUGACCAGACAAAGGCCCAGUAUGAUGCUGUUGUGACCAAAUGUGAACUGGAACGUCCCCAGAUCGAGAGCACCAUCCGUACAGACAUGGACCAGAUCAUCACUUCAAAGGAGCACUUGGCCAGCAAGAUCCGAGCAUUCGUCCUCCCCAAAGCAGAGAUCUGUGUCCGUAACCAUGUCCAGCCCUACAUCUCCUCCAUCCUGGAGGCUCUGAUGACCCCCACAAGCCAGGGCUUUGCUGAGGUGCGGGAGGUGUUCUUCAAGGAGGUCACGGACAUGAACAUGAACAUCGUCAACGAGGGAGGCCUGGAGAAGCUGGUAGAGUACAUGGAGAAGCUUUCGCACCUGGCCUUCCACCCUGUCAAGAUGCAGUCAUGCUAUGAGAAGAUGGAUCAGCUGAAACUGGAGGGUCUUCAGCAACGGUUUGAUGUCUCCAGCACAUCUGUCUUCAAGCAAAGAGCCCAGAUCCACAUGAGACAGCAAAUGGACAAUGCUGUGCACACGUUUGAGACCCUCCUCCAUCAGGAGCUGGGAAAGCUUCAGGGCAAAGACGACUUGUGCAAGUCAAUCCAGCGCAUCCUCGAGCGAGUGCUCAAGAAAUAUGACUAUGACAGCAGCACUGUGCGGAAGAAGUUCUUCAGGGAAGCCCUGCUCCAGAUCACCAUCCCCUUCCUGCUGAAAAAGCUGGCACCAACCUGCAAGGGGGAGUUAGCCAAGUUCCAAGAGCUGAUCUUUGAGGACUUUGCCAGCUUUAUCCUUGUGGAAAAUACUUACGAGGAGGUUGUGCUGCAGUCCGUCAUGAAAGACAUCAUGCAAGCUGUGAAAGAGGCGGCCGUGCAGAGGAAGCACAACCUAUACCGUGACAGCAUGGUGAUGCACAACAGCGAUCCCAACCUCCACUUGCUGGGUGAGGGCAUCCCCAUCGACUGGGGAGAGGAGUACAGCAGCCAGUCCGACACCGAACCGGCUGCCGACAAGCGCCGCAGGGCGAAACAAGUGGUGUCGGUCAUCCAAGAUGAUGAGGGGGCUCUGCCUUAUGAGUCAGGCACCGAGGCGCUGAUGCACCAGACCUCCCAGGAGGAGCACGAGCCAGAGGAGUCGGACCCUCAGGCAACAUCAGGCUCCCCUGGCAGUGUGAAGGAGAUCCGGGAAAUGCUGGAGGAGGAGGUUCUCAAGGAACCCGCAGGCCCUGCUGGUACUGAGGCAGAGGAACGGCUGACGAACGGUACCAUCAUCACCCAGGAGAGCAGUACCUCCAAGGAGCCGGCAGUGGAAGAGUCCAAGGAGGCCACCUCCACAGAAAGCUCUGCCACUUGCGAUGCACCUCCCCAGAGCCUGGCCAGCGUGGGAACAGGGAUGCGCCGUGCGGCACCGGCAGUGCCCACGGCCCUCACCGAGCCCGCUCCCUCAGCAGCCGAGCAGCAGGCCAAUGCAGACAGCCACAAACCCAGCGACAAGGAGACAGGAGAGGUGGUGUCAACACCAGGCAGCGAGUGCAGCCCGGAGCCAACCGAGCCGGCCGCCGCGGGCAGCGUGGGCACGACGGAGAGCGGCGAGGCGGUGCAGACUGAGUUCUAGCCUGGCUGCCUCCGCGUGGGCACGUCCCGGGGCGCCAAGGGUGGACUGGCCUCGGUGACACUGGGAGUUUGGGGGGAGGGUGGGGAUGCUUGUAGGCUGGUCCGGUCACAGCGCUAGGACCUGCUGCGUUCUCGGGGUUGGAGCCCAGGGCUCUGGGAGAGGGAGGGGAUGGGAAACACCAAGACAUUACUGCCUAACUGGGAAGGGAGUCUCCGCUGCUGUGUGUGGCUGACCAGAACCAAGUGGUCUCACUGGGUCAGGCUAGGGGGUUCUCCUCAGAGGCCCUCAGAUCAAUGUGGGGCAUCCUCUGCACUCUGCUCUAUCCUUCUUCUGUGUUGUUUUCUUCUUUUCUACUGCAGAGAUGCUUUAGCUGCACCCCUUGACUGAGCCCCGGUGCUGGGGGCUGCCGGGACGUGGGAGUGAGACCCACUUUGACAGCAGGAUGGGAGUCUGGGGCUGGGCUGGCUUUGCAGGGUGCUGCCUGGGCAUGCAGUGUCUCGCCAUGGCCAGCCGCGCGGUCUGCUUGACACGCCGGGCCCUGGCCAGGCCAGACCUGUCCCUCGCCUCAGGAUGGGCAGGAGCUCACCUUUGGCUCUUCUCCUGCCCAAGCCCAUGAGGUUUUUCCUGGGAGUCUCCCUGCACCGGCAGCCUGGCGGGAAUGCUCCUGGCGCCAGCUAGCUGGGGAGCACUGAAGCACGCGUGCCCAAGGGAGGGCAUUUCAUGGACAGCUUCCUUCUCCCCUAAAUAGUGCUGAUGGGGGAGAGGGCUGCAGGAGGUAGAUGAAGAGCCUGGCAGAGGGGUCUGCAGAGGCUGGUAGAGGAGUGCGAGGCUUUGCAGAGCGUGAUCAGGGGAGACGAAAGGUCUCGCAGGAGCACAGAGGAGGCCAGGAGGUUUGGGCCAGAGGGAGGAGUAUGACUGGUUAAACAGCAAUGCUUACAAGCUUUAAUUGCCACUCUAGGAGUGUCGCCAGAGGUGGCCGGGCCACGGUGUGCAGCAGCUGGUGGGCACAAAGCCCCCUGCCCCGAAGCUGCUCUUUCCCAGGAGCAGGGCUGUGCCCUCCAGCUUGCCCUGAGGCCUACGCCUAGGGUUUUCUAGCAGCCACUGAAGGCUAACAUGAAAGCUUUUUUGUGGAGGAAGGUGUCACUUUUCCAGCCUUGCCUGGAAGACUGAGCUGCUGUGGGUGGCCCCAGGUCUGGUCUCUCCAUGCGCUGCUUGGCUGGGAUAUGCAGCCUUUCCAUGGAUGGUAUCGUGGUCUCGUCCAGCGGAGCUCCCUGAAUUUUUCCUGGGCUGUCUGUGUCUUGCAGGUUUUGGCAAAUACAUGAUGCCCUUAUCAGAGAUUUGUUUAGGGGAAACAUUUAGGAGGCAGCCAGCUUUGGUGCUCCACAGGCUUUGGGGAGCCUGAGCAGAGCCAGACGGUAGUUUUUAUAAGAUGAGCCAGUGACCUCCCUGCGCAGGCAAAGCUCCUUGUGCUGCACUCUGCCCUUUGGGGACCUCAUGCAAAUGAAGUGUCCUCCAACCACAGAGAGAAAAAAGGCAAGGGCCAUCAGGCCAGUCUCCAGCUGCAGGUGGGGCACUGCAGGGAACAGCUCUGCUCCCAGAGCAGCUCGCCCCGGGUCCACUGCCAAGGGCAAGGUUCACAAGUUGGGGAAGCUGAGAGGGUACUUGGACACAAACUCCAUGUAGCUAUGCUUAAAGCAUGUGCGAGGUGGUUGAUAGGACUUGGCAAGACUCGCGAGUGGGCUGCUGAGACCACAGUUGUGUGCACAGUGUAGGACCAGGAGCCCGGCUCUUCCCCCUGCUGCAGAUAAUCUCGACUUCUGCGUGUAUUUUUUUAAGUGCUGUUGUUUCUGUCUUUGAAUGGGGGACGCCCAGUCUAAACCACUUGGGGAGGCCCCGCCAAAGUGCCUUGCUUUGGGAACUUAAAAAAACCCUGUCUCUUCCAAGAUAUUUUAUUAAGAAUGUUAUACAAAUGUUUAAAAUAUGCUUAUAAUAAUUAAUAAAAAGGAAAAAAAAAGCUUUAUUUAAAGUUA